CCAGUGGGCGCAUCCAACACAUGGAACUCAAGUACAGAAAUUAUAUUUAUCCACCCCACUGCCAAGGCGAUCACAUGCCCUGUGAAUCACUCCAGAUGUGCUCAAAAACAGAGCCUCUGUGUGGACGCUCCAGCCCCCAACCCCAGGGAGAGUCGGAUUAAGAAGGUGCAGGCGCCGUCCCACCCAGGAGGUGGCCGUCUGCUCCACCCCGCUGAGGCACAGCGAGGACAUCACCGCCGAGCUUCUGGAAAAGGCGGGUAGUAAGAACACUGCCUCCUCUCUGGGACUAACUCAGGAGCCCACCUGUAGCGACUGGGUUCUCCCUGGGUGUGAGGUCGAGUUUUCACCUCUUUGGAGGAAGACAUGUGUUGGAAGACGUUGCUGCUUCUGCUGUUGUAUUACAAUGCUCAGGCGACCGUCUCCCACAGGUGGAGCAGAGCCAUACUCUUCCCCGCUGCCCACCGGCCAAAGAGGUCCUCCUCCGUGCCGCUGAACCCUGUCCUGCAGACCUCCUUGGAGGAAGUGGAGCUACUCUAUGAGCUCCUGCUGGCCGAGCUUGAGAUCAGCCCUGACCUGAAGAUCUCUGUCAAGGAUGAGGAGCUGGCCUCCCUGCGGAAGGCCUCGAACUUCCGAACCAUCUGCAACGACGUGAUCCCCAAGCGCAUCCCUGACAUACGCCGGCUCAGCGCCAGCCUGGCCAGCCGCCCCGGCAUCCUCAAGAAAGAAGACUUUGAGCGGACAGUGCUGACCCUGGCCUACACGGCCUACCGCACAGCCCUGUCCCAAGGGUACCAGAAGGAUGUGUGGGCCCAGGCCCUUGUUAGCCUCUUCCAGGCGCUGAGGCACGACUUGAUUCAAUCCUCAAGACCCAGAGUGUCCCCUUCAGAGCUCGGCCGACACCAGGACCUCGAACCAGGAACCAGCACACAGUAAUCCAGAAAGCUCAUUCUCUCCUGCAAGUACAGAGACCACCAACAAAACACAUAACAGAGCAUCAGGAUAAGAGGAGAAUGUGCCAUGGCCCACUACAGUGUGGCCUGGGCUGGGUUAAAGAGCUGUAGAGCUCAUCCAGGAUGUCUCCAGAGGCAGCACAGCUGGCCUGGGACACCCGGAAAUCUAAGAUUGCUGCAACAUAAAGCAAUCAACAUACACCCGGGAGGGGACAGAGCUGGAGAAGAUACCAAUGGGUGUAAUGUGGUGGGAUAAUGGGGAACAGAUUUCUUGGAUCCUAGGGCCCAGGGCACUGGGUUGAAUAUUUUCCCAAAGGCUCCAUAGUAAUAUAAAAGAAGGCAGAGCUAUGCCCCAAUAAACACAGUGUUCACCAAAGACAAACCUGAUUUUUCCAAAAGCCACCAGGAGAAUCAGUUAGAAAAUCAGUAGUUUUCCUGAUCCGUGUGUCUGGACUCACCUUUUCUGAGCGCCAUUCUCAGACAGAGGAGGAACAGGAAGGGUCACAGAAAUGCCACCCCUGCCUCCUCACCUGGCCCUCUGAACGGAGACCCCAGUGAACACAAAGCGAGGCGACACUGGCACCCACGCCCACCAGCCCUAACUGAGCUUCAUCAGCGUUAAGUGCCCCAAAAAGAAAUGAUCCUCAGGUGACAGAAGUUACCCUUUCAAAUGCCAAUAUUUUCAUUUUAGAAAUAUUGGCUUGAUAUCAAUUUUAAAUAUAUAUGACACCAAAUAAAAGCUUGAGACAUUUUAUACACAGAGAGAGAGAGAGAGAGAGAGAGAGAGAGAGAGAGAGAGAGAGAGAGAGAGAGCCAAUCAUUUGGACCACCUUGUAUGAAAGAAUCAGGUAAGAUAAUCUCUAAGAUUCCUUCUGUCUAUCAAAUUUCUACAAACAUUUAACAACUGUGAAACACUACAUAGGAAAGCGUCUGGUCUGUGAGGUCGGCUGGAUUUCUGGUACCAGCCUGGCUCUGCCAGUUGUGGGUCCCGUUCUGAGUUUUCUGUCACCUCCCCCUCUGUCACGUUAACAAGAGGUCAUUUUUUCAGUGAUUCAUUACAUGACAUCCGAUAUUUCAUUGUAAUAACAAAGAGCUUUUCACUGUUACUAAUUUGCCCUUCUAAGUUUGUUUUUCCUUAGACACCACUGCUUGAAAGGUAAGAUAACUGGGCUUGUUAUCAUUCUGUGUUAAACAAGAGUUAAUAGAUGACAGAGUAAAAUACCUGCUAAGGAUUCCUCACCAGCACAGGCAUCUUUCUCGCCUCUCUCCCUCAGUUUAUCGCUGGGUCCUGGAGGUUAAAACUGCAAGAAAUCUGAUCUUUUUUUUUCUGAUCUUUUUGAGACAG